AGGAUGCUUUGGCUGCUUCCUCUUUUCCCCGCCUCACCCGCUUUUAUUUAUUCACUAAUGAACCGCUAAGCAUGUGCUCCGCGAUGCCCGGCGGGCGGGCGGCGGGGUCGGAGGGGCGCCGCGGCUGCGCCGGGUGGACCCGUGCCCCCUUCGGCCGCAACAUGGCGGGCAGGGAGCCCUUCACGGCCGUGCUGGCCGCGCUGCGCCGCUGCUACGCCGAGGCCGUCCCGCUGGAGACCUUCGUCCGGCGGCUGGGGGACGGCUGCGGCGCCGGGGACGCCGAGGUGCUGCGGGCCGACGACGCCCCCGGCUACCGCAACUUCGUGGGGCAGUGCCUCGUGUGCGUCCCGCGCGGCGCCCGCGCUAUCCCGCGGCCCUUCACCUUCCAGCAGUUAUCUAGUCAGAGUGAGGUCACCGCAAGAGUCGUUCAGAGGUUGUGUGAAAAAAAGAAGAAGAAUAUCCUCGCAUAUGGAUACUCCUUACCGGAUGAAAACAGCUCUCAAUUCCCAGUCAUGCCACUUUCAAAGAUACACAGCUACCUCCCCAAUACUGCCACAGAAACUCUUUGUAUCAGCGGCUUCUGGGAGACACUGUUGAGCCGGAUAGGGGAUGAUGUGAUGAUGUAUUUGUUGGAACACUGUGCAGUCUUUAUGCUGGUUCCCCCUAGUAAUUGUUACCAAGUUUGUGGGCAACCAGUUUAUGAACUUAUUUCACAUAGUAUAGACUCAUCCCUGGUAUUUGUUAGGCAAAGGUUCUCAAAGUAUAAACGUACUAGCUUGCUUAAAUAUUUGCGGAAAAGGCUUAUGUUUCAUAGAAAUUAUCUUUUAAAGUCAUACAGAAAAAGAUGUGAAGUUAAUGUCUCCAGAAUAAGAAAUGAAAGAAAGAACAAGAGACAAAGCUUAGUGCCCACUGACCAGUGUUCUACAAAAGCUGUUUCUAAAGCAAGCAAACAGAUCAGAAUGGUUACUGAAGAUCAGGAAAAACGGAGUAGCUCCAGUUCAUGUGUUUCAGCCACAGCUCCAUCUCUAAAAAGGAAGAUUCAUGGAGAACAAUCUGAAAUUCCAGCCAAGAGGGCAAAAAUAGGGGAGAAAGUGAGAGAGGAAAAGGCUUGUAGUCUUCUUCCUGAUGUAAACCAAAGUAGUUCCAAGAGAUCUGAAACUGGGUAUGUAGCACCACAUUCUGAAAGUGUCAUUAAAACCCCUCAUAUUUCUGAAAGAAGUAAGAGUGCUGUGUCUGGUCCUUCUUUAGUUCACACAUCUCGUGGCAGGAGGAAGUUUGUGGCAGGCUCUCUUCUGCAGAGAUUUCAGAGUAACAAACCUUUGGAGUCCAACACUGAAAUGCAAGCAGAAUCACACAGGAAAAGAGUAGAGAUUCAUACAUAUGAAUCUCAGUUGGCUUCAGGACAAACCAAACCUGUGGAGGGUACUUCGGAAUGCAGAGAGCAGGAAAAUCCCCAACCUCAUUUAUCCAAGAAGUUACCAAAUAGACUUCUGAGUUCUGAAGCAUGCAUUGGGAGGAAGUCUCUUCUGUAUUCUUGCAGGAGUUUCCAAGAAUGUUUUCCUAAAUCAUUUGUGUUGAAUCGCUUGCAGGACUCUCAGGCAGGUGGAAGAUGGCUUAUAGAAGCUAUAUUCUUUAACCAAAAUCAGGUGCAGCAAAGGCACAACCCAAAUCUGCCAAAACGCAAGCGGAGAAAGAAGAGGUUACCCAAACGCUUCCGGGAAAUGAGGCAUAUAUUCCAGAAACUGCUAGAGAACCAUGGGAACUGUGCUUACUUAGCUCUCUUGAGAAAAAAUUGCCCCGUUUGGAUAUCUGAAAUCAGUAUGAAAAAAACCAAGUUGUCUUGUCAGGCAGCCUUGCCUAGAGAAGCAGAUGUUCAGAAGCAAGCAGAACGGUUCGGGAAAGAGAAUGCUGAGUGUGUGACAAGCAGCAGAUGUGAACCUGGUCACACUGAUGUGCCAGACGACUUAGGUGCUGCCCUCGCAGGAUCUGUGUGUGAGGAGUUGCCGCCGAGUGAGGAGCAAAACCCGCGAGGGGCGCGUGAUUCAGCCCUCACGGAGCUCCUCAAGCAGCACAGCAGCCACUGGCAGGUGUACAUGUUUGUAAGGGAUUGCCUGGAGAAGGUCAUUCCUGAUGAGCUUUGGGGCUCAAACCACAACAAGUGCCGGUUUCUGAAAAAUGUCAAAGGGUUCAUUUCCAGGGGGAGGUUUGCUAAGGUUUCGUUGCGGGAGUUGAUGUGGAGGAUGAGAGUGAAUGACUGCAUGUGGCUUCGUCUAGGCAAAGGUGAUCACUUUGUUCCUGCCGAUGAACAUUGUUUCCGUGAAGAAAUUUUGGCCAAAUUCCUGUACUGGCUGAUGGGUACCUAUGUUGUUGAAUUGCUCAGAUCAUUUUUCUAUAUCACCGAGACCAUGUUCCAGAAAAACAUGCUCUUCUACUACCGAAAGUUUAUCUGGGGCAAGUUACAGAACAUUGGAAUUAGAAACCAUUUUGUCAAAGUACAGCUACGGCCUCUGUCUUCAGAGGAGAUCGACGCUAUCCAUCAAAAAAAAUUUGUUCCUGUGGCAUCAAAGCUCCGGUUUAUUCCAAAACCAAAUGGGUUGAGACCCAUAGUAAAAGUGAGCGGUGUUGUUGGACCACAAGCACUCAGCAAGGAAAGCAGAGAAAAGAAGAUGAAUCAUUACAACACUCAACUAAAAAAUCUGUUUAGUGUGUUAAAUUAUGAACGGACUAUAAACACCAGUGUUUUAGGCUCUUCAGUGUUUGGGAAAGAUGAUAUCUACAAGAUAUGGAAGCAGUUUGUUACAAAGAUUCUUGAAUCUGGUGGUGAAAUUCCUCAUUUCUACUGUGUAAAGGCUGAUGUGUCCAGGGCUUAUGACAGCAUUCCUCACAAUAAACUUGUGGAAGUGAUUUCGCGGGUCCUGAAGCCCGAGAAGAGAACCGUGUACUGCAUACGGCGCUACGCUGUGAUUAUGAUUACCCCAAGUGGAAGGGCCAAGAGGCUCUAUAAGAGACAUGUUUCUACUUUCAAGGACUUUAUGCCAGACAUGAAGCAGUUUGUGUCCCAGCUUCAGGAGAGUGCCUCAUUGCGAAAUGCAAUAGUAGUUGAACAGAGCUUAACUUUCUAUGAGACAAGUUCCAGCCUGUUUAAUUUUUUCCUUCAAAUGAUACAUAACAGCAUUCUGGAGAUUAGGAACAGGUACUACUUACAGUGCUGUGGAAUACCACAGGGCUCCAUUUUGUCAACCUUACUUUGCAGCUUAUUCUAUGGAGAUAUGGAAAACAAAUGGCUCUCUGGAAUAAAGCAGGAUGGGACUCUAACAACAGGUAUUCCCGAGUAUGGCCUUUUAAUAAACCCAAAUAAGACAGUGGUGAAUUUUCCUGUUGAUGAUAUCCCAGGAUGUUCCAAAUUUAAACAGCUGCCAGAUUGUCGUUUGAUCCCAUGGUGUGGUUUGUUAUUAGAUAUAAAAACACUUGAGGUUUACUGCGAUUACUCCAGUUACAGCUGUACUUCUAUCAGAUCAAGUCUUUCCUUCAAUUCAAGUAUAACAGCUGGGAAAAACAUGAAAUACAAACUGAGUGCAGUCCUCAAACUGAAAUGUCAUAGUUUAUUUCUUGAUUUACAGAUCAACAGCCUUAGAACAGUUCUCAUUAACAUCUACAAGAUAUUUUUACUCCAGGCUUACAGGUUCCAUGCCUGUGUUCUCCAAUUACCAUUCAACCAGCAAGUUAGAAAAAAUCCUGAUUUCUUCCUAAGGAUUAUCUCUCAGACUGCAUCAUGCUGCUAUGCUAUCCUGAAAACAGUAAAUGCAGGGAUUGCUAAAGCUAACAAAGGUGUAUCUGGCAUAUUCCCUAUUCAGGUAGCAGAAUGGCUCUGCUAUCAUGCCUUCACUGUCAAACUGUUAAAUCACAAAGCUGUUUACAAAUGUCUGCUUACAUCCUUAAAAGUCUGUAAGAAGAAGCUAAUCAGGAGGAUCCCAAAGGAUACUAUGGCACUACUGCAGGCAGUGACAGAACCAUCUCUUUGUCAAGAUUUCAAAGCUAUACUGGACUAACUGAUUGAGGUUUACUUCAUAAUUUUCUCAGGUUUGAAAAUAAAUGCUAUGUCUUUAGGUGACUUCUCUGUAGUUUAUUUUGGUACAGUGGGCCAAAAGCAAGUUCACCAGAAGUGUUAUGUGUCUGUUUCUCAGACACCCUACAAGGACACAAAAAGAGCAGACAGUUUUGUUAAUGCCUUCCUGUUUGUUUGUUUUUUGUGGUUUUUUUUGUAAAUUCACAGGCUGUUUGAAGUAAUUUACUUGAUUAUGUUCCUUCCUUCUUGAUGAAGGAAUCAUUAAACUAUGUUUUGUACAAAAUUAUUAACUUUUUUGUUUCAAUGAAGGGCUGUUUUUUACUUCUUUUUGUUGCAGACUAUUUUGUAAUAAAUUGGCUGGUUAAUUGCAAUAACA